AUGGAAGAUCGUGGUGGUCCUGUGGAAAGGAUUGAAGAACACGAUCCAGCACGUAUUGGUGCUGAGCGUCGAGCCUUGAUUGAAUCAAGGUUCGAAUACGCUGAAGUGUUAUGCCUGAUAAGCUCACUGGUGCUACAGGUUUACCUGUCUGGUGCCAAUGUGUUUAUACACAUCAAUAGGCCGUCUAAUGAAACUUUGGUUGAAGACGGCUUUAAAGAUGAGGUUUUUCUGGCUGAAUUGAAGGAGUUGUUUUGGAAUUGGGCCGACUAUAUAGUCAUUUAUUCGGGGAUUGUUGUGGCGGUAAAUUAA